UAUUUCAAGAAUCUUUCAAAACAGAAACAAAAGGAAGUCAUGGAGAAGAAUCAAAACAACCACAAACUUCGUGUUUGUGUUGCUACUUGCAACCGUGCUGAUUAUUCAAAAUUAGCUCCCAUUAUGUUUGGUAUUAAGGCAGAACCACAGUUCUUUGAGCUUGAUGUCGUAGUGCUUGGUUCCCACCUGAUUGAUGAUUACGGUAAUACCUAUCGUAUGAUUGAACAAGAUGACUUUGAUAUCCAUACAAGAUUGCACACCAUUGUGAGAGGGGAGGAUGAGGCAGCUAUGGUGGAGUCAGUGGGCCUUGCCUUAGUCAAGUUGCCGGAUGUCCUGAACCGCCUGAAACCUGACAUAAUGAUAGUUCACGGGGACAGAUUUGAUGCUUUGGCCCUGGCCACAUCUGCAGCCCUGAUGAAUAUUCGCAUUCUUCACAUUGAAGGUGGGGAAGUCAGUGGGACUAUUGAUGACUCCAUCAGACACGCUAUAACCAAACUGGCCCAUUACCAUGUGUGCUGCACAAGGAGCGCAGAGCAGCAUUUGAUAGCCAUGUGUGAAGACCAUGACCGCAUCCUUUUAGCGGGCUGUCCCUCAUAUGACAAGCUUCUCUCUGCCAAAAAUAAGGACUACAUGAGUAUUAUACGCAUGUGGCUAGGUGAAGAUGUCAAAACCAGAGAUUAUAUAGUUGCUCUGCAACAUCCUGUAACCACAGAUAUUAAACAUUCCAUAAAGAUGUUUGAGCUGACACUAGAUGCACUCAUCUCCUUCAACAAGAGAACACUUGUUCUGUUUCCUAAUGUGGAUGCAGGAAGCAAAGAGAUGGUUCGGGUGAUGAGGAAGAAGGGCAUUGAACAUCAUCCCAAUUUUCGGGCAGUAAAGCAUGUCCCAUUUGACCAGUUCAUUCAGCUAGUUGCUCAUGCUGGUUGUAUGAUUGGUAACAGCAGCUGUGGUGUCAGAGAGGUGGGAGCAUUUGGUACACCCGUCAUCAACUUGGGGACACGUCAGACAGGAAGAGAAACAGGUGAAAAUGUUCUUCAUGUUCGUGAUGCUGAUACACAGGAUAAGAUUCUGCAUGCUCUUCAGCUGCAGUUUGGUAAACAGUAUCCAUGCUCAAAAAUAUAUGGAGAUGGUAAUGCCGUUCCAAGGAUUUUGAAGUUCCUCAAAUCUAUUGACCUCAAAGAGCCAUUGCAAAAGAAGUUCUGUUUUCCUCCUGUCAAAGAUAAUAUCUCUCAAGAUAUCGACCAUAUUCUAGAGACACAGAGUGCUCUGGCUGUGGAUCUAGGUGGAACUAAUCUCCGAGUAGCAAUUGUCAGUAUGAAGGGUGAAAUAGUCAAGAAGUAUACCCAGCUCAACCCUAAAACUUAUGAAGACAGACUAGAAUUAAUUCUAAAGAUGUGUGUAGAGGCUGCAUCAGAGGCGGUAAAUGUGAACUGCAGAAUUUUGGGAGUAGGUAUUUCCACAGGGGGACGAGUAAACCCCCGAGAAGGAAUUGUGCUUCACUCUACAAAACUCAUUCAGGAGUGGAGCUCUGUGGAUCUCAGAACUCCAAUAUCUGAUGCUCUGCACCUGCCAGUCUGGGUGGACAAUGAUGGAAACUGUGCUGCUCUAGCAGAGAGGAAAUUUGGUCAUGGAAAAGGAAUAGAAAAUUUUGUAACGCUCAUUACUGGUACAGGAAUUGGAGGUGGAAUCGUUCAUCAACACGAAUUGAUCCAUGGCAGUUCUUUCUGUGCUGCUGAGCUUGGGCAUAUUGUUGUAUCUUUAGAUGGACCAGAGUGCCUGUGUGGUAGCCAAGGAUGUAUAGAAGCAUAUGCCUCUGGAAUAGCAUUACAGAGAGAAGCUAAGAAACUGCAUGAUGAGGAUCUGCUUUUAGUGGAAGGAAUGUCAAUGAAGAAGGAGGACGUUGUUAGUGCUGCACAUCUCAUUCAAGCAGCUAAACUUGGGAACACAAAGGCAGACAGCAUUCUGAGAACAG